AUGGUGUCCGUCGACGAAGCUGUUGAAAGACUCAAGGAGUCUCGGCCCCCCGCCACAGACGCCUUGACAUACCUCACCAUAGUCGAAACGAAUCUAUCCCCCGAAGUUCUUCCAACUCUGGAGGAUAUUCUCGAAGAUGCUGAGCUUACACGUGAUAUUGGCUGGGACCUCGUGGAGAUGCUAAUCUCCGUCCCUGGUAGCCAAGGUUGCCUCGAGACCGUUGCCCGCCUUGGGAACCCCCGCGAGGUCAUUAUCAAGGUGCUUGAAGUGCUUGACUCCAAGGCCGAAUCUUCUGAGGCCGGAGAUGCCUCUGCGAGCGCAAGUUUCAUCACUCUGGUUGGCAUGCUGGGCAUCCUCCACAGAAGACUGCAGGUCAAGGCGCCAUCACGAUUCCUACACACGACACUGCAGACCGUUUACCGGGCAUACAACCCCCAGGGUGCCGAAACUACAGCCGCGGUUAUUGAUCUCGCUCGGUCUCUUUCUGGCAGAAAGCGGCCACCGCUGCCCACUCGCCAGUCCAGCACCAAGCUCGAAACACCGUUUCAAGACAGCGACAUCUCCAAGAGCGCACCCGAUCCUGAGGCUGAUGCAGGUCAGGCCGCCGAGGGUGAGGCUGAGCUAGUAUCUCGCCUCUUGCAGUCUUUUGUUACGAGUAUCCUCGAAGCAUAUGUCAACUCAAAUACGCUUGAGUGGGCGGCACGGCACUUGGAGUAUUACAAUCCGGAGAGGAUCGUGCCGGGGAAACCUACUAUGUUGCAAGCUUUCAAGCAGGUCGACGAGCUCCAAGCCAAGGAUGCUUUAGUUGGACAGUUGGUUUCUGUAGCUCGCGAUCUGGGCCUAGCGAAGCUACCGUCAGCUGAGGUCAAGAAGGCCUUGCAGUCACCUUUUGCAGUGAAUCCACUUGAAGUCGAGCCUGAUCCUAAGAAUCCUGAGGGCAUCAAACUCUCCACUGGUGGAUUUCUUUGCUUGACUGCUUAUCGCAUGUUUGCAUCAGAUAUCUUUGAUGCCGACUACGAACAACCUGACGCUUACAUCUUUCCUGAGCACCACAAUUUACUCAAACGAUUCCUCGGAGAUGACCCUCAGACGCAGAUAGAGAGCAACCCUGGGACCGUCGAGGCCUUGUUAGUCAUUGCACUAUGGCUCCACGACCAGAAGCGCAUUAUUGGACCUAAAGAGACCGACGACAAGGACGUAACCUUCAUGUCGUACCAUCAUUUACUUACGCUCAUUUCCGUCUUCCAUCCAUCAUUGCGGGUACGGAAUGCAGCGACUGUGCUGGCGGGUCACAUCCUUCACGAAGACCCCCACGAGGAAGACAGAUUGGGUAUUUUAGAAGACUUGUUGGAAAACUGCAUGUUCUCGUCACUGAAAGCAUGCGCAGUGACAUGGCUACGCGAAGAGAUCAUUGCCGCCCGCAAGGCUGGCUCAACGGGCCGCUUUGCCGAUCCGGACUGCCUAGACACACUUCAGUAUACCCUUUUUGAGGACCUCGAGUCCUUCGCUGAGACAGAUUUGGAGGCCUUGUGGGAGUUUUGGGUCCAGUUCGCACCCUUUCACCUUCAGGUUGCCAACUUCGCUCUGUUCUUGUUUGGUGGUCAAGAUUUCAAGCACUUGGUUCCUGCUGGAAUGGCCGCAGCAGUUGAGCAUCGAUACGCAAGCCCCUUACUGACAGCCGCCAAGCGCCUGAGAGAGGCAAUAGAUAAGAAGGAGAUUGAUGGACAAGGGCAAGAAGAAGAGGUUUCGAUGCAGCUUGGCAUCUUGACAGAUACCCUGGAGCGUGUCCCAUUGCAGUAG